GCAACACUGUGUGAUGCAUAGCACCACAAAACCCGAUGGCCGCUAUGUUUACAUCAUAUAACUGUAAUCAAAACAAUGGAAAAAAAACAUUGAACUUAACUUAACUUAAAACAUGUUGGAUGGAUGGUACUGUCGUUCGAUGGCAAAUGAAGCUGCCCAAGCCGAAGAAGAGGAACAAGCUAUGGAAGAGUCCAAAUACAAGAAAGAGUACAUAGCCCUGAAAGGCAAACUGCACAAUCUCAUUUAUGAAAACCAAAGUUAUAGAUUGGCCCUUAGAAGGAACCAAAAAUUAUUGCUCCAAGUAACAAGAGACAGUUCACUUUUGCUGGACAGAUUGGAGGAGUACGAAAAAAAUGAGUGUUCUACAUCUGAAUCUGACGAUACAGAGGUAUCUGAGGAGGAAACGUUUGAGAUUAAGCUAGAGCCAACAACGAAAAAAAGAAAACCAGUGGACCGAGGCCGCAAAAAACAGAACACCUUGGCUAAAAAGAAACGCACCCAGUCUGCGAAAAAGCAAAGUCAACCCGCAACGCAACCCCAAAUGGUAAACGUGGAUGCCAACUUUGACGGACACAUGACGCCCGAAGAAGUCGAAAGGCACCUGCAGUCACAGAGCUUUUUGGAUUUGGUGCCCGAACGGGCCCCUUUGACUGUGCCAACUGAAAUGUUUAGUAACGAACCUUCUCUGGACAGUGAAUCCAAUGAUAUGAUUUGGGAAAUGGAAGCUUUCCCCAGCAAUAUUGAAGAGGAAAUUAUUAGCAUUGAUUACCUACCAGAGCAAUGAUUAUAUUGUGUGAAAUAGGAAAUAUUUUCGAAAAUAAACAGUAUGUUACUAGUUAGGUAUAAAGGCACUCAUCUAUUUUUUUUUUGUUCAAGCCGCCGUGGAUAUAUAUUAUCCAUGGCGCCCCUGCCGGUAUCUUUCAAUUCUUCCCAGUCUUUUAAUUGAUCAAAUUUUCUUUAAAGAAAAUCUUUUUUUUUUCUCGCUAGGUUUUCAACAGCUCUAGCCAACAUAACCUCGAACUAUCAAAGGAAAAAUGAUUUCUCUUAAAACCAUUUUUAGACAUGAAGCUAUUGUUUUUACUUCAUUAUUUCUUGAAUAUAUCUCAUAGUUAAAUAAUUCUUGUUAGGAUUAUUUAGUUUGCCAAUUUUAAAUUCAAGUAGAUUUAUAUAAGAUUACCAUAUAGAAAACAUAUUUUCAACUAAUUUUGUUAGUUGUCACUUCCUAGUCAGACUCUAGAAGAGUAGGACGCCGCCGAAACCUUCUCGUCUCUGUUUUCGUCUUGUCUAAAUAAGACAGACUGAUUUUCUGUGGAAAAAACAUUUUGAGAAAAAAUGAGAGACUACCUUCUCCCUUCAAGAACUUCUUCAGUUCUCUCUUUUGAUCAAACGUAAUUACAUAAAAAUAAUAAAUUUACACCCUCUAUCUUGGAAUUGACGCAUUUCCACACAUGUCCAUAGCACAAAGGUAAUACUAAUCCGCCAAUCUAGAUAAUUACCUGAAAAAAUCUGAGUUUGUCAUUAUAAAAGAAUGAAAACGCAUCCUUACUUAUUUAGAUAUUUAUUUAUCAGUAAUAGUUACACAUAUUAAUAUUUUUUGGAUAUUUCAUGGCAUUAAUUAUACAGGGUGUUUCACGAACAUCAAAACAGGCAUUUUACGGUAUUUAAGGUUGAUUUAAAAAAAAAAACACUCGGACACGUCAUUUUUGUAUUCAAGGGGGAAACUUUUUGACCCCAUCGGUAUUUCGCUAGGGUGCAUUCCCUGCGUGAGUUGACUUUCACCUUCACCCCUUAUUUUUUAAAUAGGGAAGAUAGGGAUUUUUUGUGUGCUUCUGUAAAAAUUAAAAUUGACGUGUCCGAGAGGAAAGUCAGGAAAGUGCUGAUUUGAGAAUAACAGGGCCAGAACAUUGUUUCUUAUUUAGCCCAUGGCAACUUUGACAGUGAAUAUCUCGAGAACUAAAUCAAAUCGCACCCAUUCUUGCCCCAGCGGUAAAAAUGCAUAGUGUGACACCGCACUACAACACACCUGUUCUAUACACUACCUUUCUGGGGCCGUUGUAGCCCAUACCGGUUUGAAUCAGUAUUUAAGCUCCAGAAGCGAGCAGUGCGCUUUAUUGCUGGUGCUUCUUAAGUGGAACACUGCAAACCCUCAUUUAAAAAAUAUAAUAUCUUAACAUUACCUUGUCCUUUGACCCUUGAAUCGGUUGGUCUGAUCCAUAAACACAUAUCUUCGUUCCCUGUACACCAAACUGCCUUUUUCACAUGAGAGACUAGAGACGCAAGAUAUACCGCUUCCCAUUCGGCACUCAACACUCUAUUCUAAUCUUAAGAUUUUUUGCGUCUUGUUAUAUUUUAGCUUGUUGUACUUAUGCUAGUUUUAAAUGUGCCUGUCAUUUGUCUGUUCUCUGUUUUUUUUGUACCAUUUUUACUAAUAUAAUAUUGAUUGUUUUGCCUACAAUGUUAAUGUACCCACCACUCGAGUGGUGUAUUGUUCAUUGGUUCAGUCGACCUUGGAAUACUGUUCAGUUGUGUGGUCGCCAUAUCACCAAGUCCAUUCAGACUCAUUGGAAGGAGUCCAGCAUACACUUUUACGGUUUGUGCUUUCAAAAGUAACUUUAGAUACCUAUAGGAUUGUCAACCAUGACUAUGGGAUUCUUGAGCAGCAACUCUUUUUGCCUCCUCUAAGUAAACGCCGUAAUAUGUUUGGCUCAAAUCAAAUCAAAUCAAAAUAUGCUUUAUUGUCUAAAAUCAAGUUUUGUUGACAAAGCUAAUAAAAAAAAAAAUUAAAAAAAAGUAUUACAUAAUAAGUAUAAGUGCAAUAAUAAAGGUCAAAAUAGAUUCAAACAUUACAUGUCCUAAGGUCAACAUACAAAAUAUAAAAUAUAAAACAAGCAAACACAACUAAGUCUAAGUCUAACACGAAUAUCUCUGUCUUUAUAACGAAAAUUAUAAAUGGCUAAAUUGACUGCCCUGAUCUCCUGGCUCAAGUUGGUCUCAAUGUUCGCUAUUAUCAAUAGUCCAUUGAACAGAUAUAUGAAUUUAUUAAACAAUGUUGAUAUAGACAUACUUAAUAUAACUCUGCCUUCACUCAGGAGAGCUUUUCUGAUGUGAUUGUUUUUAUCAUUGGGGAGUAUUUCUUUGCAUUUUUGUAUAAUAUUGGAUUACUUAUAAACAAAUGUAUUCAUUGUUUUAUAUUGUUUGUUAGAAUAAUUAGUUUCAAUCUCGUUUUAAUUAAUUUGGAUUUGAUUAUGUACCUAACUUUGAAAACUUGUAUCUAUGUAUAUAACAAGUUAAUGGGGUUUUCCCGUGGAUAAAUAAAUAAAAUAAAAUAA